AUGCCCUCUGUCCGGACUACCCAGGUUCAGCCUCCUGUCAGCCAGCUCCCUUCUGCUGUCGACUCCAACGGCCUGUUACUAGGCUGGCAGAGGGGCCGGUCGAUGCUUCUCAAACUCUGCUGCUGCCCCUGCUGGGAGCGACCUACCUGUGUCUACGUCCGUCCUACCGACGUCUCCCCCGUCCAGGCUCCUCCCGCCUUUUCACUUCCCAACGCCUCGGUGCCGGUGCCGUCUACCCUGCCUGCUGCCAUGGUCAUGGACGUCACUCAACCUCAUCCCCAGCUGCUUGCUUUCGACCCCCAAACGCUCUCUGAGAGCCAGAGGGUGGAAUUGGAACAGCUCGCGAUGGAGAUGGUGUUUGGUAAAGGGUCUUUCUCUGCGGCCCCCAAGGCACUUGCUCCCCUUCCGACUCCAGACACUACCCCAGUCAAGUCUACCGUCGAGAUGUCUGUCAUCACCCACCCCGCCGACCCUACUACUAUCAACUUGUCCUACGCCGACUUCUCGGAGGCCCAACCCACCCUUUGGGUCAGCGCACCUCAGAACCAGGUCGAGGACGGGGCUGUCGCAGAGGAUGAGGAGGAUGUUGACUGGGGGAUGUAUGUCAAUAUGGAGGAGAUGGAGGAGGUGGUGUAG